AUGGAGGCAGUGAGGCCAGCAAAAGUUGAAGAAGUUGUUGAAACUGCAGAGGCAUCGAAAAUUAGCGAAAAACCGAAAAUGAAUAGUCUCGACGCCACCCAAGCUGAAGACGAAUGCCCACCUCAAACAGGUGCAACGCCUGGAACAAGAAGCACCGACACCUCGCGGAAAAUCCCAUCGACGCCCGGAACACCAGGCUUGACCGAAGACAUUGGAAACGUGAAGCUGAUUUCCAAAAAACGGCAAACUUCGCAAAAUAAGCAAGAAAUCUAUCAGAAAGCCAAAGAGAUCGCGCGCCAGAAAAUGGUUGAUGAAUGCGUGGCGGCGCCGAGGAAAAAGCCGAGCGACGAUGAUGUCCUCGAUGACACUUUGCAUGACAUCACGUCUCUGAGGCAUGAGGAUGAAAUGUCAUUCAAAAAGAAUAAGACUCUCGCUCCAACAAGAACUGAAAGUUCCGGCAACGCUACUGUCAAACCUCCAGCGGACGUUGUGCAUUUAACACUCAAAACGGAAACAACCGCCAGAAAUGCAAAAGCUUAA